UAUAAUGAAAUGUCAAAGAGAGAAAAAGAGAGGCGACAAGAGAUAUAUAGUAGGUAUAAAUGUAAACACAUAUCUUUUCUCUCAAGUUCAAAGGGUAUUUCUCUCUCUCCAUUUGUAAAUAACAUACCAUUAUUUUUCACUUAUCAUCGUCAGUCUUAUCUCGUAUUAUAUCCAGUGAAAUGUUUGCCAGAGAUUCAGAGAACUUUAUAGUAUAAAGAUCAAGUGGAAAGUCAUCUGUGUUUAACCUAAACAGAGAAUACUGUUCUCAGUCACACUAGGGAAAGAUAAAAAUAAUUUAAAUAUAUCUCAAGAUGCAAUUUCUGCUAUUAUUAUCCAUUGCAUUGAGCAUCUUGAGUAUUAGCACGGCAUGGCGUACCUUCUUGAGAGGUCGGAGUAAAGGCGGCAAUUUAGGUGAACCAGUUGUGUCCUCCAAAAAAUCACUUCCCAAGGAGCAGUGGUUUACGCAGUAUCUGGAUCACUUUAAUCCAACUGAUGUUCAUGUUUGGAAGCAGAGAUACUUUGUUAAUUCUGAUUUUUAUAAACCCAAUGGCCCAAUAUUUUUAAUGAUUGGAGCUGAAGGUAUAGCAAAUCCGAAAUGGAUGAUAGAAGGUCAGUGGAUUGAGUACGCUAAAGAAUUUGGAGCAAUGUGUUUCUAUCUAGAGCAUCGUUUUUAUGGGAAAAGCCACCCCACUUCGGAUCUUAGUGUAAAGAACUUGGUUUAUCUAAGCUCGGAACAGGCAUUAGCAGAUUUAGCGUACUUCAUCCAGAGCGUUAAUAUUGGAUACAAAUUUCCCAAUAAUGCGAAAUGGAUUGUAUUUGGAGGAUCAUAUGGUGGAUCUCUGGCUGCUUGGAUGCGAGCCAAAUAUCCGCAUCUGGUGCAUGGAGCUGUGUCUGCUAGUGGACCACUGUUAGCACAAAUUGAUUUUGAGGAAUAUUAUAUUGUUGUUACAAAUGCUUUAAAAGGAUAUUCUGAAAAAUGUGUCGACGUAAUACAAGAUGCUAACUCGCAAAUUAAUAUGUUAUUACAUCACGUCACUGGCCAACAGCAAAUACAGAAAAAAUUCAAAUUAUGCGACCCAAUUGAUCCUGGACAUACAAAGAAAGUGGAUAUAUCGAAUUUGUAUGAAACAUUGGCGAGUAACUUUGCUGGCAUUGUGCAAUACAACAAGGACAAUCGCCAAAGUUCCCAGACUGCCAAUAUCACAAUUGAGACCGUAUGUGAUAUAUUAGUAGAUGAGAAAAUAGGAAAAUCUAUUGAUAGACUUGCUUAUGUAAGCAAUAUGAUAUUGGACGCUACCAAGGAGAAGUGUUUAGAUUAUAGAUAUGACAAGAUGAUUCAUGAGCUUCGAAAUGUCACUUGGGCCAGUGAGCAAGCGGAAGGAGGACGUCAAUGGAUGUAUCAAACUUGUACAGAAUUUGGAUUUUUCCAAACCUCCACUGGACAGUCUAAUAUAUACGGAGAUACUUUUCCAGCGGCAUUUUUUGUACAACAAUGCCUCGAUAUUUUCGGGCCUAGAUACAACUUGAAUUUAUUGACAUCUGGUGUCACACGAACGAAUAUCUUGUAUGGUGCAUUAAAUCUGCAAGUGACAAAUGUAGUAUUUGUACAUGGUUCUAUUGAUCCUUGGCAUGUGCUGGGCAUCACAGAAUCUGCCAAUCCACAGGCACCUGCCAUUUACAUCAAAGGCACUGCGCAUUGUGCAAACAUGUAUCCUCCAUCGGAGCAUGACAUGCCUCAGCUAAAAGAAGCUAGAAUACAGAUACAAGGCUUAAUCAAACAAUGGUUACAAAAUUGAGCUCUCUAUGUGAUACAUAAAUAAGUUAUAUCUUAAAUAUCCAAGCCAUUAAAAAAAAUGCUAAUUAUUCAAGUGAUUAUUAAUAUUCCAAAUGUUUCAAGAAGACUGUAUUUAUUAUCUUUUGUGGAUAAUAAAAGAACUUUUAUAUAUCAUAUAAA